AUGGGAACUCGAGGGCUUGAAAUCGUGCGCUUCAACCGGCGUUACUACAUUCGAUAUAACCAGUACGACAGCUACUACGAAGGUCUUGGUGCUCAGAUUGUCGCCAGCAUCCCCACAGACCCUGAGGAAUACCAGACCGAGUACGCGGCCAUAGAAAGUGCCCUUGAAGCCCAUGUCUACGAGAUCCGCGACGGUAUCGAACCAAACUAUUCGCUGUUCUCCGAAUUCGAGGAGCUUCCUUCCGAGCUGCCGCGACUGGAUAGCCACGAUGCCGAGUACAUCUACAUCAUCAACCUCGAUCGCGAAGUUCUUACCAUGAACUACAGCAUACACUGGAAGCUGGGAAAUAUCCCGCGUCAGGACAACCUAUGGAUUCGCGCCAUCGCAAAUAGCAUCUAUAUGUACAAGCCUACUAUUUCCCUUGAUGUUUGCCCAGAAGAGUGUAUGGGCUCGCUGGCUUUGGAGUUGCCAAAGCCGAAAGGGGUGAUCGAAUUCGGAUGUCGCUACGUAACCCCGAAAACAAACAUAACAGACGCGCCAAAGGCGUUUCUCACUCGUGUUCUGGCCAAAGUCCUUGUUCAAUACAAGGAGGAGAUCAUUAGAUUUGGAAGGGAGUGGAGCGCCGACUCAUUUCCCUUUCGUGAGUUGGCUUUUGCUCUUGUCUCGAUUGCCUCCGGCCAGUCCAAAUUCCAUUCUAUUCCGGCACAGCUGUGUAAUCCUUGGACCUGCGCAGCAUGGAAUUGCAACCUGAACCACAUAGGCCAGUCACCUGGAUUGCUUGACAAAGAAUGGGCCGGCGAUAGUGCUCCGUUACUGGAGUUUGGCUCCUCGUCCCAUCGACCGGGCGAGCCUCCAGGGACAUCGCCUACGGAGACAAUAUACUGGCUCGAGGACGUGCUUGUCAGUCUUACAUUGGUGAUUGACGAUAGGGCCAUCAUGAAGGCCGUUGACUGGGGCAUCAAACAGGGACGCACCAGCUUUCAGAUCGUCGUCCUAUCGCUAUUUGAAGUGGUUUUCGCAGAGGUGUCCCCCGAAGAUGGUGGGGAUUUCUUCAUUAAACUAAGCGAGGCCGUUAACCUCUCGCCUCUGCAUGCAAAUUACUGUGUGAGCACACACCCGCGCACGCGCCCGGAGGUGAAAUCUGGGAUGAAGGCCCGACAUCACCGCGGUGAGCUCCUGAUGAAGUCGAACUGCACAGGGACUAUUCGAAGACUACGGACACAGUUCCCUGGGCUUGCGGCACUUGUCAACUUCUUCGAAGUCGCUGCGAACCGCCGCGCAGCGUCGAAAUCGCGAGGUACCUUGCCACUGGUGAUUUACAGCCGGAUUCUGGACUUUCUGGACUAUGAUACGUGGAAGACCUGCUUGUUCGUACCGACCAUCCGCUCCUGUUGUCUCCGCAAGUACAGGCUUGAUGAUCGGGUGAGCAUUGUGGCAGGGCCUUUUGUGAGGUUGAAACAGAACUUUCACAAGGACCGUCUGAUGUCCUUCAAUUUUGAAAGCAUACAAACGGGCAAGAUUCUUCCGAUGGUGGAGUUUCCGCGUAGCUUUCAGAUGCAGGAGUACAAUUGGAUGCCGAUGAUUGGCAGGGAUAGGACCGCGGUCAUGUUGGAUGUGGCUAUUCAGUUUCAGCCGGCGGAGGAUAUGCCCGUGGAGGCCGACAGCGAUGAUGAGCAAGAGUAG